CUCAUCCUCUCUAUCUUUUUACUCUUUUUUGACUAUCAUUUUAUAUCUUUUUUCACACGCCUAACAUCAUAAACCACGUCCAUCCAGAAAAACCAAACAAAAGUAGACUUGCCUGCCAGAACUGAGAGGUUGGUCCUCACCACAAACAACGAGUUGUGUCCCGUCUAGCCUGAGUCGCCAGGUUACUCGCGAGUCCAGUCCUGCUACUCGCACUUUUUCCAAGCAUCUACCCGUCUAUCCGUCACUGUUCGUUCCGGGACUUGUACUGCAAACUGCUCGACAAACAACGGGCGGCGGGUCCCCCCUGCAUGCAUGCCUCUGCUCAUGCGCAAAUCUACAUUGGCCACUCUGCGACACCGGUCUGUUGCUUGCGUUCGGGUGCCAUCUGAGAUAUUACAGGUUCCUUCCUUCAUAGCUCCCCCACCUUCAAUCAACCAGGCUUAGGUGCGCCGCAUCCGAUUUUGCUGCUCUUGACUGCUUCCGACAACCAGGGCCGUUCCCUUUGAGCUCUCCAGAGAUACCCCAUCAUAGGUUACUACCAUCUGCUUCACACAAGCACAACUCAUUUUUGCCUCGCCUAUCCGUCCCCGGAACCCUAUUUUGGAUGAACAGACUGAACCGGGAACCUCUCAAUCAGAGUCAGGGGCUGGUAGAGCAAGGCACACACGGGCACCGCAAAUCUUCAUCACCCAAUGUCUCAUAGCCACUCUGAGAACAAAGAAGGACCCGUCCUUCUACAGCUACUUUUCAGGGAGUGUUGAUUACGAUCCGCUUGGCCACCUCAUUAGUAGGCCUGUGCUUCCACGGGCAACGACUGAUACAGCAGGCACCUAGGCCUGGCUGGCUUCAAGGGCGAGACGACUUAUUUUAUUUUCUUUGUUCUUCAAGAGCGCCAUCCCAGCCAGCUGAUUUCCACCCCCUGACGAAUACUACGGGCUCUGUAAAGUCGCAGCUAGACGGGAGCUAUAGCUCAAGUAGGACUGGCAAAGGGGGAGCAUACUUAUCUGCAGGAUUUUCUUUCGACCGUCGACCCUCGCUCGCAUUUUAUCCUUCUCUUAAGCUUCCAUCCGUUGUCACCCUCGGUGCUUCCGCUCUUGGCCCAGAAAUCGACUUCUACUAUAUACAACAUACUCACCAUCGACGGGAUCGUUUUUUUUUUGGGGGACGUUCAUAUCACACGAGCCGUCAUUAGUGACAAAAAAACCAUAAUUCUUCUGCAAAACCUUACCUGUGGUUCUGCACCCUUUUCCUCUCACCUGCUUCUCGUCACACCUUCCACGGCUUGUUGGUCUCUCUGGUUACGAGCACAACCGCUCGAACGCAGAAGCACCGAACUUGUAGCACAAAAAGAUACCCCUGGAACUCGAAAUUUUCCCAUACUUUCAAGUUUGGGACGCACAGCAUCGUUUGCCGGCCCACCGGUGAAUCUGACCAAUCGAUACAGCUGGUCAGAUUGUUCAAACCCGCGCCAUCUCUUAACAAGUAACUUCGUUUCGCGGCUUCUCAGGAGAAGUUCGCUAUCAUCUUGGAAGCUGCGGCAGAUCUCCUCGAACACUUUGGCAACCCCAAGGCUUGUAUUGCCUCGGAGACAGACCCGCUGUCACGAUGGGCCGUGACUACCCUGAGCACUCGGGAAAGGCGUAUUACCGCGGCCAGCAGUGGGAUGAAGAACGGGCUCAUGCAACAACACUAACAGGCAACUACACUGACCAUGGCCGGCAUGGUGUGUAUUUUGAUGACGGACGACAAGCAGCAUACGCUGAAAAUGGACGAUAUGCAGGAUACCCUGAUGAUGGACGAUCAAGUGGAUACGAUGAAAAUGGACGACAUGGAUGGUAUGCCGACUCUGGGCGGUAUCAAAACUUGACAGGAUCUAUGCCUAUCGAAAUGGCACUCCGCGAGCACUGCAGGAUUCCUGUCAAGAGAUACUUCUUAGCUGUUCAGACCGAUGAUGGCAAGAUGCUUUACAUGCACAGCCAACAUAAGCUGGACGAGAGGGAUGUUUUCAACCGAAUGAGUUCUGAUGCCUUUGUCCCUGAAAGGGACCCGAGGCGCCGCAAUCUUGAUGCACAUGAAUACGAUGCCUAUGGAGCGUUUGGCCACAGAGGCACCUAUGCAAGGUUCGGGCACACAUACGAUGGGCCCGACGCAGCUUGGGAAGAAGGCGAAUACGUCAGCGGACCAACCAAAGCUCGAAAGCGACACCGCACCCAGGCCAACUUCCGUGGCGGCCCAGACUCGGCAACCGGGGACAGUGACUUGACGACUGCAAACACCCCGGUUCCUCAGCACAGGGGAAUAGUCAUGUCUGAUCACCCAGUCAUCAUGGAAUUUUGUGAGACUCGUUUCAAGAACCUGCAGCAGAUGGCCUGCAAGAUAGUUGCAAAAGCAUGGGUCAAGCUCGUUGAGCCGAAGAAGCAGUCGAAUCACCCUUACACCAAUGGAGAUGAUAACGCUCCAGACUGGUGGCCUAAGCCAUGGGGCCCAGGCAAGGACGAGAAAGUGCGGCACAAAGAGCCUGACCAUCUGUGGAAGAGAGAGAGGAUCUAUCUUUUGAACCACAUUCUGCAGCUGAUUGUGCAGCCGAAUCACAAGCAACAUCCAGACAUUCAAAAACUCAAGUUGAAUGUGGCCAAGCUCGAAGAAGCCACGGCCGAGGCUCUGUCUUCAUUCUUCCUGGACAAGGAGAACCCCGGCAAUGCCAGGAGGAAGGUAUAUCUGAAAGAAAUUUUUAAAGUGGCCAAGGCUCAGGAGAGAUAUCUGAAUGGCGAAGUUGAUGGCGACUACAAAGUCUGGGUGAAUGCUGACGACAAGUUCACCGAGGAAAUGCAGAGUGGAGAUGAUCAUAUUUCUGGAACGAUGAAUCAGUCCGAGGAUGACAUGCGGCAGGCUCAGAUGGGAAGAGGUUCUGCACCUCCUUCUCAGCCGUCGCCGCUCAAGUCGACAAUGAUGCAGCCUGGCUUCACACCUCACGGGCUCCCUGGCGCCCCUGGACCCAGUGGUGAUCAUAGCCCACCCCAUAUGCAGCAUGGCGGCGGUGGCGGUGAGCAAUUUUUGGGCGGCGUUCCAGUUCGGACCAUGAAUGAAAUGCCCUCGUACCAAGCCCCAGAAAUAUAUUCUGGCCUCUCAGGCUCACGACGGUCCUCAUCGAUAUAUGGAAUGACGACAGAAUAUGCUCCGGCUGGCACCAGUGGAACGGCUACUCUCCACGGCAUAUACACAGCCCAAUGGCCCCAUCAAGGACCAGCAUCAGCGACGCCCCCGAGCUCUGCGACAGGCAAUCCAGCCAUCAACUUUACCUUCACCUCGCAGCCUCAAACGCUACCACUACCCGCCCCAUUCGUGACCCAGGCUGCCGUUCAGGCAAGCCAGCAUGCGACGGCAGCGCCAGGCGCGGCCUACAUGCCCUUUGCACCAGAUUCUUUGCCCAAGGUUGAGUCGGCCAGCGUUGGCGGCGCGCUCCAUUCACCUGAUGGUCAGCACGCUUCAUCUCAUCAUCAGCCCCAUACCAUGAAUUUGGCUCGUCACCCUCUUCCGAGUGCCCCUGGAAUGAUGAAUCACGCACCCUCCAGUUAUUCCGAGUAUGGUGCACAUGAGUCCCGGCACAUGCCGAGACCUCUUUCAUGAACAGUUCGCUACCAAGCGAAGACCCUGGGUACCUACCUACCUACCUACUUUGUGUAUCUCUUGUCUCCCCUAUUUUACUCCUAAGGUUCUUUUAUUUUGCUCUAAUAUCUGGCGAGUGGAUCCGCACUCGUGUCUUGUCUUGUUCUUCUCUCUUGUUCUUUUCACUUAUUUACUUCAUUACAACAGCUGAUUCUGCUGCUAUGACUUUUUUUUCACCGUUUACUCUUCGACAUUCGACAUAUUUAUCACGAUGAAAUUUACGGCAGCAAAUGGGAACUGAGAAAGCACGCGAAAGAAGAGACUCAUCUUUCUUGAUCUAUACCCAUGAUAGAAAUGGAACUUGAAUCACGGCCGGGCCAUUUGAUUUGUUUAUCGCUUUUAUGCGUUCUUUGCGUCUUUCUUUUGUUUUUUUCUUCCUCUUUUCCUUUGACAUACCAAAACUCAUCAUCAAUCCAUCGAUUUUCCUUUCCCCCCCCCCCCCCUUUUUUUUGUGUCCACAUCAUGCUCCAAUUUGGGUUUCACGGCGCGACUUUAAUACUUUAUCCACGGCGCUCAUGCAUUCGGACCUUUGUUUGUUUUUCUUUGUGUUUCCCCUGCUGCUACCCUCACUUGUUUUUGUUAACUCGAUGUGUUGGGGAUAUAAAUCUCCGUGGCGUUGAAUCUUGGGUGUUCACUUGAGCGAGCGUGUGUCACAACGAAGGCACUGACUUGAGAAAGAAAAAAAGGCAACUUGGAAAGUCUUUAAAGUAACUUGUUUCAGGAUGCAUCUAGUCUCUGUUUCUUCUUUUUUUUCUCUUUUCUUUUUGGCAUUUGAACGAGAAACAAAAACAUUGUUCGGACAUGGAAAGCAUCAUCUGCCCGAUAUUGCGAGGCGAGUGAGUGGUAGAAUACUUACCAUCUCACUAGAGGGACAGUCCAGCAAGGCUCCCUUUGUGUGGCUAUUUGCUUUAUUCUUUUCUUUUGUUGGGUUUGAUCUUUUCAGUUAUGAUACUAUAUCAAGUAUAUGUUGGGUGGCUAGGACUACGAUUUUUAUUUUGAGAUAUGAUAAUAUACUAGCGUUCACCACAAACCAA